UGUUGAGGGUGAACAUGGAUUCCAGACAGCAGGUCCGGAGUUUGACCGAGGAGGCAAUUUGUCCCAUUUGUCAGGAUUUCUUCACCGAUCCGGUUAUACUGGAUUGUGAACACAACUUCUGCCGCUCCUGUAUCACCCAGAGUUGGGAAAAGCAGGAGAUAAACUCCUGCCCGGAAUGUAGACAGGAGUUUCCGGACAGAAACCUCAGAGGCAACAGGGCCUUAGCGAAUCUGGCCGAGAAAGCUCGAACAUUAAAUCUGAAUCCACAAGAGAAGGAAAGUGAACAUCACUGUGAGGAACAUCAGGAAGAACUGAAGCUGUUUUGUGAAACUGACAAGAAAUUGGUCUGUCUGGUUUGUAGAGAUUCCUGGGAACACAAAUCUCACAACUUCAUCCAGAUUACAGAAGCUGUUGAAAUCUACAAGGAUCGAGUGAAAUCUUCCUUGGAUUCUCUCACAGGGAAGAAAUCAGCAGCUCUAGAAAUGGAGCAGCAGCAGAAACAGAAGAUUUUCCACAUUCAGGAGGAAUCCAGCAGCCUGCAGACCCACAUCAAAUCCGAGUUCACUAAAAUGCACCAGAUGCUGACUGAGAAAGAGCAGAGUUUACUCCGAGAUCUCAGGGAACAAGAGGAAAACAUUCUCAAACCAAUGGAGGAAAAUCUUCAAGAAAUUCAAGGGAAUUUAAAGUCUAUUCAGGAGAAACUUUUAAAGUUGGGAAAACAGCUGGAACACACAGAUGGAGUGAUAUUUCUGAAGGAGCAAACAUCUCGGAAGAGGAGGAUUAGUGAAGAGUUUAAUAUGCUCUCGCUGAUGGAUGGUAUCCUCUCCACUCAAACAUUCUACAGCCUCUUCCCAUUUCUUGUGUGGAAAGAAAUGCAGGAAGCCACUCAACCUGAGUAACAGCAUAUUUAUUGCUGUUGAACAGAGACAAGGCAGCUUUACCUUUUGUUUCAGAAGAGCAGAGUGUGGCUUUGCUCCGUGUUUCACCCAGUGCUCUCCAUGUCCCGGAGUGUCUGAUGGGGGCAGUGUUGGGGAGUCUUGGUUUUUUUUCACACCUUUCAUUUAAAAGGUGGAAGGUUGCUUUUCAGGCUGGAGAUCUGUGACCAGCAGUGUGCCGCAAGAAUCAGUGCUGGAUCCCCUGCUUUUCAUUGUUUGGAGAAAUGAUUUGGAUGGGAACAUAAGAGGUAUGGUUAGUAAGUUUACAGGUGACAUCAAAAUUGGAGACGUAGUGAACGGUGAAAAACGGUUACAACAGCGUACAACAUGACCUUGAUCAGAUAGGUUAAUGGGCCGAGGAGUGGCCGACAGAGUUUAAUCCAGGUAAAUAAGAGUGCUAUAUUUUGGCAAGGUCCUGGGGCGUAUUACUGAACAAAUAGACCAUGGAGUGCAGAUUCACUAUUCCUUGAAAGUGGAGUCGCAGGUAGAUGGGGUAGGGAAGAAGACAUUUAGUACACUUGCCUUCAUUGCUCAGUGCUUUGAGUAAAGGAGUUAGAUGGACAUGCUAUGCUGUACAAGCUAUUUUUGGAAUACUGCGUUCAAUUCUGGUCUCCCUGCUGUCGGAAAGACAUUAUUAAACUUCAAAGGUUUCAGAAAAGAUUGACAAGGAUGUUGCCAGACUUUGAGGGUUUAAAGUACAGGGAGAGGCUGAAUAAGCUGGGGCUAUUUUCCCUGGAGCAUCAGAGGAUGAGGGGGUGACCUUAGAAAGGUUUAUAAAAUCAUGAGAUGCACGGAUAGGGUAAAUAAUCAAGGCUUUUCCCUAGGGUAGGGGAGUCCAAAACGAGAGGGCAUAAGUGUAAAUUGAGAGGAGAAUGAUUUAAAAGGGAUUUAAGGGGCAGUCUUUUAACGUACAGGGGCGUCUGUGUGUGGAAUGAGCUGCCAGAGGAAGUGGUGGAGGCUGGUACAAUUACAGCAUUUAAAAGGCAUUUGCAGUAAAUGGGUAUGUGGAUAGGAAGGGUUUAGAGGGAUAUGGGCCAAAUGCUGUCCAAUGCAAUCAGAUUAAUUGAGGAUGUCUGAUCAGCAGAUGUUUGUUUCCAUGCUGUACAACUCUAUGACUCUAAAUUCUUCAGUUAGUUUAUUAUUUCUGUUUCCAGAGUGGAAGGGAAUUUAUGAAUGUAAAAGUGAGUUCUUCAUUUAUUUUUUAACACACAGGAAGGAAAGAAAUUCAAAAGCUGACAACUCAAAGCAAUGUCCA